AUGCCAUUUUUUUUCUUUUUCCUUUUUUUAUGUGUUUUUAGUUGUGUUUGCAAGUUUUCAAAACAUACGCAAGAGUAUGGCCAAUGCAUGCUUGGUUUGUAAUCAGCCAAAGGGAUUCUGUCAUAGAUCUGACAGAAGAACUAGAAAUUUCAAAACAAAGAUGGUCGAAGGAUUUCAUCAUUCAAUGAUAAUUGUUUAUUUAUUUCUUACUUUUUUCAUAUACCUUUUUUCACUCAAAGAAAACAUCAUCAGGUGGUGCCCUACUAUUUUAAACAAACCUUGAAGACUCACAUGGAAAUUUGCAUGCAAGCUAUAACGUCUCGCGGCAGAAGUUAUGAUUUUUUUAUAGAGGAUGAGGAUGUCAAGUCGCAUAUUUAUGGAGCUUACUGGAAAGCUUUUGUGCGAGCACACCAGAUAGAGUUUGGUGAUGUUGUUUGUUUUGAGGCUGUAGCUUGGGGUAAUCAGUACAACGUUACAGUGUUUGAUGAAGAAGGAAAUGAGAAGAUUGACAAUCACAGUCCUGGGAUAAUGCUAGUCCCGAACGAUGUUCGUGUGAUUUUCCAAGAUAUUUCUUUCACAGACUUGCGUAGUCUAACCGAUGAUGCUAUCGGAGGGCUUGUCGGCACCCUAUCAAACGACGUAGGGCUGGACAUGACCUUAUUGAUGCGGCAACUGGUGCGCCUGUCGGGAAUCGUCUCGUGCACACGCUAACUUACGAAUAUAUCGAAGAGAAUGAAUUUGUAUGUCUAGAUAAAGUUUUUCUAGGGUUGGCGUUUUUUUAUUUUUUUUCUCUUUUCUUUUUUUGUACCGGUACUCAAAGAAGUUUGUUUAUU